CGACCAAUCAAAACAAAGCAAUUUAUCAACGCCGACCAAUGAAAUAUAUUCUUUAAUACCACGAGGCCUUUUCCAAUAUGGCGGAUAUCGACUUAUAUCAAGACGACGGUGAUGAAAAUGCGGACGAUGGGUAUGGGUUGGAUGAUGGCCUUGACUGUGAUGAACCAUUCGGUGCUGACGAUAACUUGUCUCCGUUACAAAAAUUAGAAAAAUAUAUUGAAAGUGAUAAUGUUUAUACAAGACAAAUGGUUGCGAGAGGAUUACUUGAUACCUUGCGAGCGGUUGGUGAUUCUGAGGAACAGACCACUGCAGUACUCACUGCUAUGGUCAAGUUGUCCGAAGAUUCGGAUCCAAUUGUGAGGUCCGAGUUGAUGGAACAGAUUCCACAUAUAGCUGUUUACUGUCACGAUAAUAUAGACAUCUUUCAAAAUGCCAUCCCUAUGUACAUUCUACCGAUGGUAGUCCGAUACCUAGAUGAUGCAAAUAAUCAGGUAAGGAAAACGAGCCAGGCAGCAUUGCUGGUGAUACUUGAACAAGAACUGGUAAAUAGAGAACAAAUUGAGGACCAGGUUGUGAACGUUAUACUAGAGUUAUCUUCCCCUGACAGCCUAGAUGAGUACAGAACAGAGGCUGUGGCGUUGAUGAGCAAGAUGGCACCUUUACUAGGGAAGGAGAUGACAGACAGAGUGUUCCUUAACAGAUUCUGUGAAAUGUGUACAGACCCCUUGUUUCAUGUUAGAAAGGUCUGUGCGGCAAACUUUGGUGACUUUUGUUCAGUUGUUAGUCAAACUAGUGCGGAGCAAAAAUUGUUACCAAAGUUUUACUUCCUGUGUGAAGAUGGUGUCUGGGGUGUGCGGAAAGCUUGUGCUGAGUGUUUCAUGGCUGUCUCAUGUACAUGUUCUCCAGAAGUACGGAAAGCAGAAUUAGCUGCAUUGUUUGUUAAUCUUCUCUGUGAUCAAUCUAGAUGGGUAAGAAUGGCAGCUUUCCAGCAGCUUGGUCCAUUUAUAUCAACUUUCGCAGAUGCCGAUCUUACAGGAAUGUAUGUAGACGAAGAUGGUAUGCUAGUUUUUAAGCCUGAAGAAAUUAAAGAAAGGCAUCGAAGGAGGAUGGAAGGUGAUGCUGUGGUUUCUGAGAUCUUAGACUGUGAUAAUAGCAAGACACUACCAGACGUAAUACCUGCCAAUGUCUCAAACACCUCGUCUCAACCUAGCCAAGACUGUGAUAUAACUGCUAAUCUUUUACCAGUGGACAUGGACACUGCCGAAGACAGUGAGAAAGAGGUACCUGUGAACAUGCAGAUGGCUGAAGAAAGUGAGUCGGGUCAAACCGAAAGCUCCGACGAUCAGAUGAUUCAUACAGACCUCGGAAAGUCUGUUGAAGAAAAGCGGGCGGAAUUUUAUGCGGAAAUAAAUACAGAAAGUCCUGUAGAACCAGAUAGUGAAAAACAACCUGAAAGAAUAAGUGUAUCAACAACAGAAGACAGUAGUUCGGUAGAAGAUAAUUCUAAUCAUAAUAAUGCUAGUAUCGAAUCAAGUAAAAGCGAAGAUAAUGUUGUAGGAAGUACUGUAGAAUCACCAAAAGUUGUUGAUGAAAUACGAAUUCCAUGUGAAAGUUCUGAAGAAUCAAGUGACAGUACUGUAACUAGAUCAGACGAGUCUGAAUCAACAGUUACAGAACCCGAGCCUGCACAUAUACAUUUAGAUAGUUCUAGUGAUUUUGAUACUUUCCAGUAUUGGCGAACUCCGAUACCUCAGGUAGAUGUAGAUCCAGCCUUGUUAACGGAGCCUAAAUCAAGCAGUGAACCUGUAAUGUUGAACCAUUAUUCAACGAGUGAUACGGUGAAUGUGUACGAUAGUACGAACGGUUUGACUCUAGGCUUGUCUGAUAGUCUGAAUGAUUUAACAGUCUGUGAUAAUAAGGUAACAUCUGUGAUGUAUGGCUCGUCGGGUGCUAUGGAGCACAAUUUGCAGGGUACCGGUCAGGGAGAGACUACGAUGACUGUGAUAGAUGGUGUUGUACAAGAUUUUAACCUAGACCAAAUAGACAGUAAUCUACUGCUGUCGUUAUUGCCUCUUGCAGAUCUUAGCGGGGCUGGCCCCAUUUCCUACAUGGACAGUGAUUUCUCCUCCAUGUCACCGACGGCACUCAGGGACUCGCUGAUGCUUGAUGACGCAACACUUGCUCAACAGCAGGACAUUGUACCUCAAAGUUUGCUAGAGAAUUACCUCGGGAUGAUAGACCCGUCGCGGGCACAGACUGUGGACACUGAGAUUACCAAAUAUUGCGCCUACAAUCUGCCGGCAGUGGCCUAUACACUUGGCAGGGAAAACUGGCCUUGUAUUAAAAACUUAUAUGAAACAUUAGCUGCUGAUAUGCAAUGGAAGGUGCGAAGAACCCUGGCCUUUUCUAUACAUGAAUUAGCUGUGAUACUAGGGGAAGAUAUUACACAUCGAGAUCUUGUUCCAGUGUUUGAUGGUUUUCUCAAAGACUUAGACGAAGUCAGAAUUGGAAUUCUGCGACAUCUUGCUGACUUUCUACGGCUGUUGCAUCCAGAUGUAAGAAGACAAUACUUGUUAAAAGUUCAGGAUUUUAUGAAUGUAGACAACAGUAGAAACUGGAGAUUCAGAUUGGAACUGGCUGAGCAACUGGUAUUGAUAUCGGAGUUAUAUUCAGCCUCAGAAGUCAGUGAUUAUCUUUUACCUAUGGGGCUUGCUCUUGCAGAAGACAAGGUGUCGGAAGUCAGGGCUGAUGCAUAUCAUUUAGUAAGUGUGAUGUUGAAGAGAAUUGUAGAAUGUGGAGAUGGGAAACUAGUCCAGUACCUUGUCAAUCAACUUAUAGCUAGAUUUGCCCGAGAUCAAAAAUGGGCGCGUAGACAAAUAUUUACCCAGUUGUGUCAAGCAAUAGUACGAGAACAGGCUGUAGAUGCUGUUCAAUUUGCCAAAGAUUUCCUCCCUAGUCUACUUAAUAUGGUCAAUGAUAGUGUUCCUAAUGUACGCAUAACUCUUGCCAAGUCGUUGACCUGCUAUAUGAUGAAUGAAGAUUACAGUCACUUCAGUGGACACCCGUGCCCGGAGGAAUUAGAAGAGGCUUUCAAGAAAUUACAGUCCGAUACGGAUCGAGAUGUACGAUACUAUUGUUCUGUAGAGGCCUACCAAGAAACCAGGCCAGAAAGUGUAGAAGAUGAAGGCAGUAUAGAUGAAUAUUUGGGUGUAUAACAUAUCGGAGAUGAUUUUAAAAUAGUUGUUGAUUAUUUAUGGUAAGGCUACAAUCAAAAUGGGA